CUUGCAGCAGACACUGCAGCUGCAUUCCGGAGAACGUUGACGUGCUAGAGAGACGUGUAAAUUAUCCGUACAGUUUAUAUAUGUAAAACUGUUCCUUAAAGUUCAAUUAUAAAGUAUUCGUUGCAUAAUUCUAACAUGCACUUGGUGCCGUAUUAAUUACAAAAUUAUAAUUCUAAAUUACAACAUUAUAAAUUAUGUUAAAAGUAAACUUAUCGUGCGUGUGUAUGUGUGAGUGACUCACUAGUCAAACAAACAUUUUUCCAGCGAAACAAAAAAGUUAAAUAAAAAUAUAAAAAAAACAAUAACCGUCUCAAUAAAAAAACAUUUCGCAAUUGUAAAAAAUCAAACGCCGUGACUAACUUAAAAUGAGUCAAGUGAGCAUUUUUGAAUUGCCCACCGAGUGCUUAUUUAAAAUAUUUAUGUACAUAAAAGAGAACUGCGAGAGAGAGAAACCAAAUGCGCCCGACGAAAUCACGUAUGAAGAUUUCAUUAGUUUGGCCAUUUGCUGCGGCACGUUUGACGAUCUGAUCCAGGAAUGGAAAAUUGAUCUAUAUGACAGGCUUUGGGAAAAUGUGCGCCUUCCGAGGAUCAUAACUCACAUCGACUUUGAAGAUGUGAAUGCCAUGUUAAAGAGAAGGUCAGCAAAAGAAAAGGAAACCUACUGGAGGGAGCUCAGCCACAUUAUCAGGGACGCUCCUGUGACCACUAUCUCAUUGCGUUACGCUCCCAAAUCAUUCCACAGUGAUCACUUGAAAGCAUUUCAGACCGUCUUAUGUGAACUACAAAACAAGUUAAAUCUGCAAAGGUUGGACAUUUAUGCUUCACCGUAAAAGGUCUGGGAGGAAUUAGAAGCCUCGAGACACUCCGGUUAGAUAUCCGGAUAGAUAUUGAUGAUUUGAUUGAAAUCUGCCGCCUGAACAAAAACUUGCGAGUUCUGGAAUACAUGAAUAAUGAAACGGGAGGAAAGGGCACUCUUAAACCUCUGCUGGAGGCAUUGGUCGCAAAUCAGAG